CUGUUUGUAGCAAUUGUAGUACAAAGGUCCGUAGCUGCUGUUAAGGGUUAUUGAUAGGGUUUGAAAGUGGAAGAGGUCUAGCCAAAAUGCAACGUGUUUCUUCCGGACUCUCACUGCUCUCUUGUGUUAGCUUGUUAGCUAUAUGAUGCUCGGCCGCCGCUUCAGCUAAGUAAAUCAGACAACGUUACGAGACAUACUUUGGAUCAAGCCUUUAAGUAUUGAUCUGACAUCACGUUCCUCCUCCUUCACUGCACUUUGGCUCCUUCGCUUUUUGACUGCAGUCAAGAUCAUAAUCAGCAGAGCUGAGACGUGCUGAGGGAAGGAAAAGAAUUUAAAGGACGUUAACGUUCACUGAUAAGCCAGUGACAUGAGUUCUUCAGAAGAGUUGAAACGGACAGACAGAGACAGCAGCAGACUUCAUCAGUGUCUCAAGUGUGGGAAGACUUUCAGUCGGAUCUGUAGUCUAAGAAGACAUGAACUCACUCACGCUUCAGAGAAACUAUUUUACUGUCAACAAUGUGAUCGCAGUUUCAGCCAACUAGAUGCAUACAAUAUACACCUGAAUACCCACACUAAAGAAACACCAUACUGCUGUGACCAGUGUGGGAGGAAUUUCAGCAAUCAGAGUCAAUACAGAAAACACCUGCGUGGCCACAAUGGACCAUACCAGUGUGACCAGUGUGAAAAGACUUUUAUUUACUUCAGUAUUUACAAGAUACACUUGCGUGUCCAUACAGGGGAGAAACCAUACUGCUGUGACCAGUGUCCUAAAAGUUUUAGUUUUUUAAGUUCAUACAAGCGACACCAACUUAGCCACAGUGGAGAGAAGCCAUACCAGUGUGAUUUUUGUGGCAAGAGUUUCACUCAGUCAGGGCAUUUUACCCUGCAUCUGCGUAAUCACACUGGAGAGAAACCAUACGAAUGCGACCAAUGUGACAAGAGUUUCAGUGACUUAAGUAGUUAUAAGAUACAUCUGCGUGUCCACACAGGAGAGAAACCAUACUGCUGUGAUCAGUGUGGGAGGAGCUUCUCACAGUUGGGUAAUUACAAAUCACACAUGCGCAUCCACACUGGAGAAAAACCAUUCCGCUGUGAACUAUGUGAUAAACGUUUCUCUAUUUCUAAAACCUAUAAACAACAUGUGCAUACCCACACUGGAGAGAAACCAUACCAGUGUAAAGAAUGUGGGAAAGGUUUUGGUCGUCUAAGCAACUACAUGCGCCACCUUCGUAUCCACACUGGAGAGCAGCCAUAUUGUUGUAACCAAUGUGGCAAAUGUUUCAAUAGCUCAUAUAGUUACACUCGACACUUACGUGUCCACACUGGAGAGAAACCAUAUUGGUGUUCACAAUGUAAGAGACUGUUUACCCGAUCACAGUCCUUGAAGAAACACCGCUGUGUUAAUGUAGAUGAAGAGAGUUCAUCUGUGUGUAAUGAAGAAGCCCAAUUGAGCUGCUCACCAACAGAACAGUCAAACAACAGCAACCAACAACCAACAGAAUAGAUUAGUGUGUGUUCGUGGUAAUGAAGGAACAUAUCGCUGAGUAUAAUGGUGUGACUGAUUGAUCGUUUUUAAUUGCUUUUGGAUAUAGUGAAAACAAUCAGACUUAACUAAUAGACAAACAAAACUCAGUGAAGAUUUAUUUUGCAAGCUUUUGGUUAAGACCUUAAAAAUAGAAACAGGUAGCAAGCAGCAGCACUUAAGGUUGGAAGAAUGUCUCUUGAUUAACUAUAAUGUAACACUAAUUGCAGCCCACAUACAAGAAUAACUACAUGGACAAGCAGAAUAUUCUAUGUAAGCCUCAGCCAUACCCAAACAUAACAUACAGUGCCUAUUACAGUUUAUUCAUAUCAUAUAUUUUAUAUCCUAUACUCGUGUCAAAUUGUUAAUUAGGACCCAGUGGUUGCAAUGUUCUUAAGCAGUGGGUUUCAAAAGAGCUCUCUUUGGUGUAACCUCCUGUCAAUAUGUAUGCCAUUAAAUGUCAAACAGCCCUUACAUAGUCCGGAGGUGUGUUUUGAAUCAUUGUUCUGUUGAAAAGAAAUGAUGCAGAAUGCUGUGGUAACCAUGCUGGUAAGUGUGCCUUGAAUUUUGAAUAAGUUGCAAACAGUGUCAUCAGCAAAGCACUCCCACACCAUUAUCCAUCCUCUUUCAUGUUUCACAGUGCACAGUGCGAAACAUGAACAAGUGUAAAUACCAUUUGUUCACCUUCUCUGUAUCUCACAAAGACACAGCAGAGCCAAAAAUCUAAAAUUUAAAGUCAUCAGACCAAAGUCCAGCAUUCCACUGGUCUAUUGUCCAUUCCUUAUGUCCUCAGCUCAAGCAUAUCUCUGCUCCUUGUUUAUCCCUCUUAGUAGUGUUUUCUUUACAGCAAUUCCAUCAUAAAGGGCUCAUUCACCCAGUCUCUUUGACAAGUUUUUUGUAUAAUAUAUGCUAAUCGGGUUAUGUUAUUUUUCCUUUGUGUAUUGCUGCAUUUACUUGCUACCUGUUUUUGCCUUGAAGGUCUCUGACUGAAA